AUGUAUGGCUUGUCUGCCUAUAGUACCUAUCAACUGUAUAAAAUAUAUCAGGCACCAGAGCCAGCACCCAAUUGCCAUGAACCAAAGAAUCAGUCUCCGUAUCAAAAUGUAUACAGUGCACUUGCACCAGAUUACGAUUCCAAGAUUGAUUGGGAUGAAUAUCUUUUGGGUAUUGGUAGGCGACGCAAUCAGCUUCUUGAGCAUGCAGUGGGAGAUGUCUUGGAAGUGUCUGCAGGAACAGGACGCAACUUGGAAUACUACAAUACAUCUAAUAUUACAUCCUUGACACUUACAGACAGUUCACCAGAGAUGCUCAAACAAGCUUAUACCAAAUUCCAAACCAGUAAUCACCGACAUCGUUACCAUCGCACUCCACCCAAAUUCAUAGUCAUGAACUCUCAACAUAUUCUAGACACAACACAAACCAUGAUGCAGCAAGAACAACCUGUUGCACAGUAUGAUACAGUGGUGGACACAUUUGGGUUAUGCUCGCAUACAGAUCCAGUUGCAGCAUUAAAGGAAAUGGCACGAGUGUGUCGUAAAAAGACUGGCCGGAUUCUGCUGUUGGAACAUGGACGCACAGGAUCGUGGGAUUGGCUCAAUACGGCACUGGACAAGUUUUCUGGAGAUCAUGCUCGGGAUUGGGGUUGCUGGUGGAAUCGAGACAUUCUUGGGUUUGUAAAGGAUGCUGGCUUGGAGAUUGAACAGGUGAAGCGGUAUCAUUUUGGUACCACUUAUCUGUUAGUGUGUAAACCAUCCAGGAAUCAGCAAGAAACUCGAUAG